AUGAUUGAGGAUGACAUCGGCAAUCGGUUUCCUGCUCGUGCGCUGCUGGACUCCGGAUCCGAAAGUAAUUUCAUUACAGAGCGAUUAAGUCAGCGGUUACAAGUUCAUCGAGAUCGAGUGGAUAUUUCGGUGGCAGUUAUUGGUCAGGCGGCGACCAAGGUUCGGCAAAGGAUUCAAGCUGUACUUCAUUCACGAGUUUCAGACUAUUCCUGUGAACUAGCAUUGCUGGUUCUUCCAAGGGUCACGGUAAAUCUUCCAACAACCACUAUCAAUACGGCUGCUUGGACACUGCCGAGCGGAAUUCAGUUGGCGGAUCCUACAUUUUUCGAGUCUAAUGGAGUGGAUAUCGUACUUGGUAUCGAGUACUUCUUCGACUUUUUCGAAACAGGAAAAAGGAUUUCUCUGGGGGAACAACUUCCAACCCUCAACGAGUCCGUGUUCGGCUGGGUUAUCAGCGGUGGCAUUUCGGUUUCAACUAGCUCUCUUCACAUUAGAUGCAACGUGUCCGCGUUGGAUGGCUUGGAUACUUUAAUCGCCCGGUUUUGGUUCUGUGAAGAGGUAGAGUCAGGCAAGGGUCAUUCGCCUGAGGAGAAGCGAUGUCCAGUAAGGUGCAGCGGAAUACGAAUGGUCGAUAUACCGUUGCUUUACCGGUGA